GGCCCAGGUGAGCGGCUUCCCAAAAUCUCUCCUGCUGCCUCCCCCACCCGGAGCCCAUGGCAGAGGAGAAGACCUUCCGCUAUGGGUUCAUCAUCUUGGGCUUCUUCCUGGUGAUGCUGGGGAUGUUCAUCAUGAGCGUGGAAAAGCCCCAGUACUACAUCACCUUCUGCGUCCUGGGUGUGCUGCUCGUAGCCGUGGGCAUCACAUGGAGCAUGUGCCAGUGCUACCCAAAGAUAACCUUCAUCCCUGCGGACCUGGAGGCCGAGCGGUUCCUGGACCACAAACCCACGGUGCUGCCACAGAAGGACAGCGGCUUGAUUGCCCCCUGCCCCAACCGAGAGGCCAGCAGCACCUACGAGAAGAGCCUGCCAUCCUACGAGCAGAUUCAGAGGCAGGUGGGCAGCUCAGCCCCAUCCCCAGGCACGGCACAGCCCCGAUCCCAGCCGGCCGUGCAAGCCACAGCAGAGAUCCACCGGGAGCUGGGGGCACCUGGAGAGCCCCCCCAGGACCUGGCACCUCACCUGGGAACAGCAGCAGGCAGCUGCCCCGCCCGGCCAGCCCCGGGGGAUGCUCCGCUGGCAUCCCUGCUGGAGGAGAUGGACACGCCAUCGCUGGAGGGCAGCCCCACGCCACAGAGCCGCACCCUGCCCUGCUCCACCCACCCCAGCCACCCCCCGAGCAGCUCCCCGGGGCGGGGAGAGCAGCCCCGAUCCCCCUGGAAAGGCCCUGGGAAGGAGGAUGAUCUCUACUACGGGCUCCAGGAGGAGCCGGAUGCUCUGCUCAAGGAGAGUGAUGGCCUCUCUGAGCCUGAAAACUGAUUUCCUGGGAAGAAUGGCCACUUGGCAUGGACUCACCUCAUGGAGAGGAUACACAGGUCACAGCCUGGAGGAAAGGGGGCUGUCCCCAAAAGUGCAGUGGCCCCAGGAUCCUGCCUGUCCCCGUGCUGUGGUGCACCCCUUGUGCAACCCAGCCACUCAGGAGUUUGUCAUUUCCCCCAGACCCAAAGGGGGAACACCCUGCUCCUGAAUUCAACAGAAUAUGGGACAAGGCCUCUUUGCCAGAGCCAUUUGGGUGGGCACAGAGAAGCUGGGCUGGGCAGGGUCUGGGCUAAAUACUGUGCUUGGGAAGGGAAUGGAUUGGCUGCGCUGUUUGGAACAGGGUCAGGUUUAGGUAGGCAAAACCUGCUCAGUGCAGGUGGGUUUUAUCAGGCAGAGGUGUCCUCAAAGUCUUUUUCCCACUUACCCAAGCUCUGCUGAAAUUAAAAUGUGAUCCUGAGUCUCCUGCAGCAGGCAGCCUUCAUAUCUCCAGGCUGGGAGAGGGGUGAUGGAGGUGACAGAUGGUGCUGUCCCCUGCACAAGCACCAGCUUCCAGUACUCCUGGGGGCACAGGGAGGAGAACACAGCUGAGCCAAACCCCUGGUGAUGGCACUUGAGGUGGUGGCUUUGCACAUGGUCUGCUGGGUCAGUGUCAACAGCUGCAGGUGGCUUUGCUGGCUCCCAUCGUCCCCAAAUUUCCUAUGAAUAAAAAACGUUUGCUCCAAACCA